GCUGGGAAGGAGGCGGGCGGCCCGGCUACGGGGGGAAAGUUGCCGGGAGAGGCGAAGGGCGAGCGGAGCGGCAGGACCAUGGGCACUUUGCGGGAUUUACAGUACGCGCUGCAGGAGAAGAUCGAGGAGCUGCGGCAGCGGGAUGCGCUCAUCGACGAGCUGGAGCUGGAGUUGGAUCAGAAGGACGAGCUGAUCCAGAAGCUGCAGAACGAGCUGGACAAGUACCGCUCGGUGAUCCGGCCCGCCACCCAGCAGGCGCAGCAGCAGAGCGCCGGCACCUUGCAGGGCGAGCAGAGGACCAAGCGCCAGGCGAUCUCGGCCGAGCCCACCGCCUUUGACAUCCAGGACCUCAGCCACGUCACCCUCCCCUUCUACCCCAAGAGCCCACAGUCCAAGGAGCUAAUAAAGGAGGCCAUCCUUGACAAUGACUUCAUGAAGAACCUGGAGCUGUCCCAGAUCCAGGAGAUUGUGGAUUGUAUGUACCCUGUGGAGUAUGGCAAGGACAGCUGCAUCAUCAAGGAAGGAGAUGUGGGUUCCCUGGUGUAUGUCAUGGAAGAUGGGAAGGUUGAAGUGACCAAAGAAGGAGUGAAGCUGUGCACCAUGGGGCCUGGCAAGGUCUUUGGGGAGUUAGCCAUCCUCUACAACUGCACCAGGACGGCCACCGUCAAAACGCUGGUGAACGUCAAGCUGUGGGCCAUUGACCGGCAGUGCUUUCAGACAAUCAUGAUGAGGACAGGGCUCAUCAAGCACACCGAGUACAUGGAGUUUCUGAAGAGUGUUCCCACAUUCCAGAGCCUUCCUGAGGAGAUCCUCAGUAAGCUUGCAGAUGUCCUGGAAGAGACUCACUACGAGAGCGGGGAGUACAUCAUCCGCCAAGGGGCUCGGGGGGACACCUUCUUCAUCAUCAGCAAGGGCAAGGUGAAUGUCACUCGUGAGGACUCCCCCAGCGAGGAUCCGGUGUUCCUCCGUACCCUCGGGAAGGGAGAUUGGUUUGGAGAGAAAGCUCUGCAAGGGGAGGACGUGAGGACGGCCAACGUCAUCGCAGCUGAGGCAGUCACUUGUCUGGUCAUAGACAGAGACUCCUUCAAGCACCUGAUUGGUGGCCUGGAUGAUGUUUCCAACAAGGCCUAUGAAGAUGCAGAAGCAAAAGCAAAGUACGAGGCCGAGGCUGCCUUCUUCGCCAACCUGAAGCUGGCGGACUUCAACAUCAUCGACACCCUGGGCGUCGGAGGCUUCGGGCGAGUGGAGCUGGUGCAGCUGAAGAGUGAGGAGUCCAAGACGUUCGCCAUGAAGAUCCUGAAGAAGAGGCACAUCGUGGACACGCGGCAGCAGGAGCACAUCCGCUCCGAGAAGCAGAUCAUGCAGAGCGCUCACUCCGACUUCAUCGUCAGGCUCUACAGGACCUUCAAGGACAGCAAGUACCUGUACAUGCUGAUGGAAGCCUGUCUGGGUGGAGAGCUCUGGACAAUUCUCAGGGACAGAGGCUCCUUCGAGGACUCGACCACCAGGUUCUACACGGCGUGCGUGGUGGAAGCCUUCGCCUACCUGCACUCCAAAGGCAUCAUCUACAGGGACCUCAAGCCAGAAAACCUCAUUCUGGAUCACAGAGGUUAUGCCAAGCUGGUCGAUUUUGGCUUUGCAAAGAAAAUAGGAUUUGGAAAGAAAACAUGGACUUUUUGUGGGACCCCCGAGUAUGUGGCCCCUGAGAUCAUCCUGAACAAAGGGCAUGAGAUUUCAGCAGACUACUGGUCACUGGGAAUCCUAAUGUAUGAGCUGCUGACUGGCAGCCCCCCUUUCUCAGGCCCAGACCCCAUGAAGACCUACAACAUCAUCUUGAGGGGAAUAGACAUGAUUGAAUUUCCAAAGAAGAUUGCCAAAAAUGCUGCUAAUCUAAUUAAAAAACUAUGCAGGGACAAUCCAUCAGAAAGAUUAGGGAACUUGAAAAAUGGAGUGAAGGACAUCCAGAAGCACAAAUGGUUUGAAGGCUUUAACUGGGAAGGGUUACGCAAAGGGACACUGACACCUCCCAUCAUACCGAGUGUGGCAUCUCCCACAGACACAAGCAAUUUCGACAGCUUCCCGGAGGACAGUGAGGAGCCACCCCCUGACGACAACUCAGGAUGGGACAUUGAUUUCUAGUGUCUUUCUCUUUACCUGCUUCUGCCUUGCUGAGGACAGCUGCCUGGGACAGGGCUGCCAGCCCAGCCGACGGCGCCGGGGAGGGUUCGUGCUGGGGUCACCGCGAUGCCUUGAUCGAUGCUGCUACAGUUAACUCCAGUGGCAUUAGGACUUCUUGCUGAGAUGACAACAGUGCUCUUCCUCUGUUCUGUUCCCAGCUGGGCUAGCAGUGGACGUGGUGGUCCUGACACAAAGCCUUUCACCAGGAAAGCAAAGCAGUUUCCUGUCACUGCAAUGGCCUUGCUAGGCUGUGAGCCGUGGGAGGGGAGAGAGAACCUCUAAUGUAAGAAGCACUUAAUCCUAGCUGCCAGCUGCUGCCUCUGUGGAGUAGGAUCAGGAGUCAUGUAGGAAGUGCUGUAGCUGAUGACAGUGCAGGGGUUGGGCUACUCCCACCCUCCAAGCUCCACAGAUCUUCUGCUGGAGGCCAGUGGAGGAGUAAAGGAGGACC